AUGGUGGAAGCCGACCGCCCGGGGAAGCUCUUCAUCGGAGGGCUGAACCUGGAGACGGACGAGAAGGCGCUGGAGACGGAGUUCGGCAAGUACGGCCGCAUCCUCGAGGUGCUGCUGAUGAAGGACCGGGAGACGAGCAAGUCGCGGGGCUUCGCCUUCGUCACCUUCGAGAGCCCCGCCGACGCCAAGGCGGCGGCGCGCGACAUGAACGGCAAGUCGCUGGAGGGGAAGGCCAUCAAGGUGGCGCAGGCCACCAAGCCGGCUUUCGAGAGCGGCCGGCGCGGCCCGCCGCCGCCGCCGCCCCGGAGCCGCGGGCGUCCCCGAGGCCUGCGAGGCCCUCGCGGGGGCGGCGACCCGCGGCGGCCCCUGUCCCGCGCCGGGCCCGGCGACGACGGCGGCUACGCGGGCGACUUCGACCUCCGGCCCGCGCGCGGCCCCCUGCCGCUCAAGCGCGGCCCGCCGCCCCCGCCGCGCCGCCAAGCCAACAACGCCAGCGCCGGGCCGCCGCCUCCCAAGCGGCCCGCGCCGUCGGGCCCCAACCGCAGCGGCGGCCUGCGCGGGCAGGCGCCCAGCGCGCGCGGCCGAGACGGCUACGCCGGGCCGCCCCGCCGGGAGCCGCCGCCGCCCCCGCGCCGGGCCGACCCGUACCUCGCGCCCCGCGACGAGGCCUACUCGCCCCGCGACGGCUACGCCGGCCGCGACUACCCGAGCGCCCGCGACUUCGCGCCGUCGCCGCGCGACUACGCCUACCGCGACUACGGCCACGCCGCCGCCCGCGACGACUGCGCGGCCCGCGGCUACGGCGGCGAGCGCGACGGCGGCUACGGCCGCGACCGCGACUACGUGGAGCAUCACCACCACCACCCGAGCGGCGGCUCCUACCGCGACCCCUUCGAGAGCUACGGCGACGCGCGCGGCCCGCCGCCCUCCUACGGCGGAGGAGGCGGAGGCCGCUACGACGACUACCGAGGAUGCUCGCCCGACGCCUACGGCGGUGGCAGCGGCACCGGCGGGCGCGACGGCUACGGCAGCGGCGGCGGCGGCCGCAGCGAGCGCUACUCCCGAGGCCGCGACCGGGUAGGUCGGGCUCCCCCGUCCGUGGAGAGGGGCUGCCCACCCCCGCGCGAUUCCUACGGCCGCUCCGGCCGCCGCGUGCCCCGCGGCGGAGGCCGCCUCGGAAGCCGUCCCGAGAGGGGCGGCGGCCGAAGCCGCUACUGA